AUGGCCGACGCGUGGUACAAUCGUAUGGUGGAGUGGAGUCGGAACAAAGUGUAUCGAUAUCGUGGUGAACACUGCUCGAUAGCAUGGCAAAUGGACGAGGUUUACAUCCCGCCCAUACCGAAGGACCAUCCUUGUCGACAGCGCAUCCCAGGUUGCACGGUGAUCGAGGCCGCCGAGAUCACCACCAAAACGACCAACAUGACCGAGAUCCACGACGCGGUCCUUCUCGACGACACCAACGCACGAAUCGCCGACGCGAUGGUGGGUUUUUUCGGCCGAGUGGUAGAUUACUACCAUCUUGCGACGUAUGGCACGGCGCGCCGCAUUCCUCAAGCCCUCUACUUCUUUCACAACGCCCAGGUCCACCAAUUGUCCGAGUCGAUCAACGCGUGGACGACGAAACAGUCUCUCUUCGACGUGGACGUCUUCCAGAAACUCGGGCUCCAUUCCGUCGACUCUUCAUACGAUUGCUCGCGUGUAAUGGUCAGUACUGUGCCGGUGCUGUACGUGGACGCGAAGGGAGAGCGCCGCUGUAUCUGCCAGUGCCUCGAUGGCUUUGAGCUUACCCAAACAUCUCAAGGAGCCGUGUGCGAACAUGUUCCAGCGGUGCCCUCAAACGAGUGCGUCUACAGCAAGCGAGCGUAUACAUACAACAUCGACACACCUCAUGACCACGAUGACUGGAACCAGUGCCGAAUCAACUACCUCCCAUCCUUUCGGCACAUGCCAUAUCCCACACAUAAUAGCACGGACGGAUCGUUGCUGCGGGUGCAAGUGGUCGGCCCAAACUCCAAAGCCGUGAAAUUUUCUCAACGGAAUAUCAAGUGGCUCCCGCCACCCUUUGGCCACCAACGCAAGAACAUUCUGAGCGACGCAUCCAUUCGUCGCCCUGGUGUGUACACGAUUCAAGUAGAUUGGAGCACCCUUGACAGCUCGGUUCAAACCACUAGCGCAGUGGUGUGCAAGGCGUGCCUGGCCAUCACCGAUCGCUUUCGCCCUGUGAGCAACGUGGCCUGCCCCGGCGACGCCGCCGCUAUCCACGACCUCCCGCCGACCAUGGUGGGGUCUUUCGCCAUCCCAACGGCUGAAUACACCGUUCGGAAUCUCCUGAAGGCGAACGAAUUUGUACUACGACAUUACGUGUACGGCACGGACGUGCGUAACGAUGUGUGUGGCAGCGAAGGCCGCUGCGACAAGCUCAAGUUUGCUCGCCGCGACUUCUAUGGCAAGGUCAUGUCCUCCGUCGACGCAUUUGAGUCGGGUCGGUCGUGCUUCUCCGACGCAGUGUCGACGACGACACUGACCCGCCUGGUAGAAUCGCCAUUUGGUCGUGAUCUAGACAGGAUUGACCUUGCCGAUCCCGUGCCUCGUGGCCUGUGCACUCGAUGCUGCCAGCUCGAGACGACGCUGAAAGAAUGGUGGAGGAACUACCAGUGCCCAAGCGUUGUGAGUUCUCAAGCAUUCGAACGACAAUGCAGCGGCAAUGGCGAGAGCUGCACAUCCGCACAAUGCCUAGUCGCGCACGGCCCGACAUUUUUCGUCGCUCAAGCUGCGAUCCAUCCAACCGUACAAGUCGACACUGUUGCAAUGAUGUCUAGCGUGUUCCCUACCGUUGUAUACCCUUCGUCUGUGGAAGUGCACGUGUUGCUCGAAUGCUCUGCGUUUGGCGAUCGAAGCAAGCAGCAGAAAUGCUCGCAUGCGGUGCCUCUGCGCCAUCUCUUGACGUGGUCGAGUGGUCUCAACGACGUGUCGGUGCUUCGAAGCGCAACCAACAAGUCCUUUGUGUUCUGGCGAUAUCGCGUCCUUGAUCGAGGCAACUCGACUGCGGACGACUACAACACAGCUAGUCCAACCCGAUGGGCUAGUGCUGACGCGGACGAUGCGUUUCUGCGCUUUGAUGCUGCCGUCUCGGUAUUGGAAAUGGAAGCGUGGUCGCAGUGCGGCCGAGUCGCAUCGUUUCAAUUUCACGUGCUGUUACAUUUAACGCAGGAAGUGAACCCGGCAGCUUCGUUCGACCAAAUGUGGUACCAAACGACGGCAGCGGCGCAAGGACGUCUCGUCGACGUCUUGGUGCCAUUCAAGAAAAGCGCGUUUGCCGAGCUUACGUUUGACUUCUCCCCGACGAUGGGCCUGGGCUGGCCGCCUCUGACGGAGAACCCAAGGCGAUUGCCGCAUGUACCCAUGUGGGUAUCGACAGGGGUGCAGUGUUCUGUGCAGCUGGGCCACGUGUCGCCCUCCGAGCUCGUUCACUCCUCCAGCGUCAAUGUAUCCAUUGUCCAACGCAUGGCCAUUGCUGUACCCGUCUAUGGCGAAUCUUUCGGCUACGUGGCAUGCAACUUUUCGUAUCGGCAUGUAUACUACGCCAACCAAACUCACGACGCCAUCCAUCUCGUAAAACGGUUCACGAUUUUGCCGCAACUUGACACGGUGACGUUCGAUCAGCAAGAUGUCGACAUGUACACCGUGUGCCGCGGGCUGUUUGUGCAUUUGAGCGACGAUGGAAGCACGACAGUCGUCGACACCAUGUUGAAGGAAUGUCGUGCGCCAAGCGUGUGCGCUCCGGUCUUCGCGCUCCCUGGCACCCAAGACAUUUCCCGAUGUGUGCUGGAGUGGGAUGGCGAAACCAGCACCGCGAGUGGGGACGCGUCCUUCGGUAUGCAGUUGCUGAUUCAUACAGCUGCGCCAGCAUCGGUGGCGCUUUCGACGAUGGUUGGCAUGGUGGUGGUCCUUGGCGGGCUGGUGGCGCUUGUGGCGUCCCGGAAGUCGCGACUGCGAACCGAGGACAAUCCAUGUUUGGCCGAGAAUAUUGGCACCGAUCACUAUUACGAGCUAUGA